GUCAACAGGGGGCGUGGUCGAUAAGGAGGCGUGGGCAAGUGCAUGGCUAAUGCGACCGUCUGGCGAAAAAGUGGUAAAAGGCCAUGGACAAGGAAAUUCCGGACACAGUCUCUCCGGAAUGGCCAACUACUAUCGACGCAAAAAGGGUGACGCGGUGUUCCUAAACGCAAAACCGCUAAACAGUGCUAAUGCUCAGGCAUACUUGUACGGGGUACGCAAGUACUCCAUUGGAUUGGCGGAGCGAUUGGAUGCGGACUACGAAGCUCCUCCGUUGGAAAGGAAAAAGAGCUCGGAAAGCACGGCUUCCAAUAACCCGGAAUUUACGCCGAGUGUUUUCUACAGGAACAUAGCUCCCGUCAAUUGGUUUUUGAGGAUUAUUGGAGUAUUACCCAUCGUGCGACAUGGUCCUGCUCGUGCCAGGUUCGAAAUGAACUCCGCCUCCUUUAUUUACUCAGUGGUUUUCUUUGUGCUAUUGGCGUGCUACGUAGGCUAUGUGGCCAACAACCGCAUCCACAUUGUGCGAUCCCUGAGUGGACCCUUCGAAGAGGCGGUCAUCGCCUACCUGUUUCUGGUCAACAUCCUGCCCAUUAUGAUCAUACCAAUUUUGUGGUACGAGGCCAGGAAAAUAGCAAAACUCUUCAACGAUUGGGAUGACUUUGAGGUGCUGUACUACCAGAUAUCCGGACAUAGUUUGCCUCUGAAACUGCGACAGAAAGCGGUGUAUAUUGCCACCGUGCUGCCAAUACUUUCGGUUUUAUCGGUGGUCAUCACGCACAUCACCAUGUCGGACCUGAACAUCAACCAGGUGGUGCCCUACUGCAUCCUGGACAACUUGACUGCUAUGCUGGGUGCCUGGUGGUUCCUCAUCUGCGAGGCCAUGAGCAUUACGGCUCAUCUUUUGGCGGAGCGGUUCCAGAAGGCACUGAAACACAUUGGACCCGCCGCCAUGGUGGCGGACUAUCGAGUUUUGUGGCUUCGAUUGAGCAAGCUCACCCGGGAUACUGGAAAUGCCUUGUGCUACACCUUCGUUUUCAUGAGCCUCUACCUGUUCUUCAUCAUUACUCUUUCGAUUUAUGGACUAAUGUCCCAGCUCUCUGAGGGAUUUGGUAUCAAGGACAUUGGACUGACUAUAACUGCUUUGUGGAACAUAGGACUGCUCUUCUAUAUCUGCGAUGAGGCACAUUAUGCCUCUGUUAAUGUGCGAACCAAUUUCCAGAAGAAGUUACUCAUGGUGGAGCUCAACUGGAUGAACUCGGAUGCCCAGACGGAGAUAAAUAUGUUUUUGCGAGCUACCGAAAUGAAUCCAUCGACUAUCAAUUGUGGUGGCUUCUUUGAUGUGAACAGAAGUCUAUUUAAGGGACUUUUAACCACAAUGGUCACAUAUCUGGUGGUCUUGCUGCAGUUUCAGAUCAGUAUCCCCACAGACAAGGGGGAUUCUGAAGGCGCUACUAAUAUCACCGUGGUGGACUUUGUAAUGGACAGCCUGGACAACGAUAUGAGCCUAAUGGGAGCCAGCACUCCGAGUACGACCACUGCAGGAACCACUUUGCCACCGCCAAUUAUGAAGCAAAAGGGCCGGAAAGGAUAA